AGCAAUGCAAAGGUUGUGCGUAUAAAAAUACCCUGAUGGUAUUGUCUUCUGCCAUUUUGAAUGUAACUGCAACCUUUUUCGAACGCCUUCUUAGCCAUAUCCGAUUGACAAGAAACUCCUUUCAUAAAUGUAUUUACAUCUCUUCAAUAACAAAAUGGUUCCCAUUAUCCAUUGCUACAUUUGACAGCAAUCCUUUGGUAAAUCAAUGUAUUUAGUAUAUCAGUGAAAAAGUUCAAAAUGGUCAAAAAUUGCUCAAAACAAAAUGUGUAAUGUAAGUCGUUUACUUUAAUGUCCAUAAAAUCAUCACCAGUAAUGUCCCAAUAUAAUUUACUUGUGGCUUUUUUUUAUCGAGUGUGUUUGGAUUGAUAUUCCAUGUGUCACUGUUUUGUAAUAGAUAUGCAUGUCGCCUCCAAGCAGUAGGUGACAUUGAGUACAUAGUCAGCUCUCUGUUGUAACAGUUCCUUGGCAACGCUGGAGAGCAGGGGACUGAGUGACAGGCUACUUAAAGAGCAGAGCUGAGGACCCCACCGAAGCUGGCAGCAUCCGUCGCCUUCAUCAGCAUGUUUCUUCGCAGCCAGAGAUUGAAUGGCACAUGCUGAUUUAUUUGCUGUUUUUUGUCCAGCAUUAUUCUACAGAUAUCUGUUUUAUAGCUUACAGAUCAAAUAUAUUUAAAUUAGUAGAUAGGUAUAUAAAUGUGUUGGUCCUAUGUAUAUAUAAACUGAAUAGAAGUAAAUAAUUUUUUUAUUUUAAAGAAUACUUUGCUGAUCCAGACCUUCAUCAACAACAGAGGUCAUCAUGGGGUCAAGUUCUUCGUCUUAUGCUCCCAAAACGAUUUAUCUGGACGUGGAUGGAAAAGUGCAAAGAGUGGUUUUCAGUCGACAUUGCAGCCCAUGUGAUAUCAAGGAGCUUCUCUAUUCAUCAUCCAAUAUUGCCAGAAACACAGCUAUCCUUUUGGUUGACCCAGAAGGAGCAUUGAUAUCUAUUGACCCUACCAUGCCUGCAAACAAUCCAAAUUUGUAUAAGGUUGUGCCUCAUUCCACAAGCCAAGGAGGAGAGAAAGAAGACAUGUUCCAGAAUGUUCUGUCACAAGUGGCUGAGCAGUUCAGCAGAGCCUUCAGAAUUAAUGAGAUAAAGACUGAAGUGACCAACAGACUGGCCAUGCUGGAGAAGAGAGUUGAAUUGGAAGGACUGAAAGUGGUGGAAAUUGAGAAGUGCAAGAACGAUCUGAAGAAACUAAGGGAUGAAAUGACCUCUAGAGGAGGAGUGAGAGUGAACUGCAACUCCAAAUACAACUUUACUGAUGAUGGAAAAAAACUCUCUCCCAGGAGAGACGUUCCAAGCUACCCAAAGUACACACUUUCUCAUGAGACUAUAGAAGCUUUGAAGAAGCCCACCUUUGAUGUUUGGCAUUGGGAACAUAAUGAGAUGCUUAGCUGUUUGGAGUAUAUGUAUCAUGACCUUGGACUGGUUAAGGAGUUUAACAUGAACCCAAUAACUCUUAAAAGAUGGCUGCUGGCAAUUCAAGAAAAUUACCGUGAAAACCCUUUCCACAACUUCCGCCAUUGCUUUUGUGUGAGUCAGAUGAUGUACGGAAUGAUCCAUCUGUGUAACCUUCAGGAGAGGCUGACUAUGACAGACAUGUGUAUUCUGAUGACUGCAGCAGUGUGCCAUGACCUGGACCACCCGGGAUACAACAACACGUAUCAGAUUAAUGCUCGCACUGAGCUGGCUGUGCGCUACAAUGACAUCUCUCCGCUGGAGAACCAUCAUUGUGCUGUGACUUUCCAAAUCCUCUCCAUGCCCGAAUGCAACGUAUUCGCCAACAUAGAGCCCGAGUCAUUCAAACAGAUUCGACAGGCAAUCAUUACUCUCAUUUUGGCGACGGACAUGGCCAGACACGGAGAGAUACUGGACUCCUUCAAACAGAAAGUGGACAACUUUGACUUUACCAAUGAGGAGCACAUCAAAUGUCUAAAGAUGGUCUUGAUCAAGUGCUGUGACAUCUCGAAUGAGGUCAGACCCACCGAGGUGGCAGAGCCAUGGGUGGACUGUUUGCUGGAGGAAUACUUUAUCCAGAGUGACCGAGAGAAAUCAGAAGGUCUUCCUGUGGCUCCGUUUAUGGAUCGUGAAAAAGUCACCAAGCCAACGGCACAAAUCGGCUUCAUUAAAUUUGUCCUCAUCCCGAUGUUUGAGACGGUCAUGAAGCUCUUUCCUCAGAUUGAGGAGAUCAUGGUUCAACCCUUGAGGGACUCUCGUGACCAUUACGAAGAACUGAAGCAGAUAGAUGAUGCCAUGUCAGAGGCACAGAAGAAGAAAACAGAGAGCUUGUCUUUGGGUGGAAAGAAGAAAUAGACAAGCUGCUUCUUUUAUGGGAUCGAAGGCUUGUCCAGCUUCCAGUUUCUUGAAACUGAGGUCUUGAAUUGUUUGGGCUCUCCAAGCACCCUAUUUCUGAAGGAGAGUGUUGGACCUCCUUCUGUGAAGCAUCAGAAUGUCCAGAAAAGGAGAUCACAGUGAGGAGAGGAGUCUACAUGAAUCAUUAUUUGUUUGCACUGUUGUUAUUAAGUGCUUUUUUCAAAGGCUAGAAUACAAUACUUGGAACUCAGAUUUAUAGCUCAAGGAUGUUGUUCAAUACAUUACAUGUUACUGUUACGAUGCGGUACGUUUUGAAAAUUUGGGCAUUGAGAGAGUUUUGCAUGAGCUGAUGACCAAAGUAAUGUUUUUUUUUUGCAUUCUAAAAAUACAUUUGCAUAGCAGUUAUAGAUCAUAUGUACUCGAUUUAUUUAUCUCCAAAUAAAAACUUAUUAACCAUGAAAGAGGAAAUCAAUAAAAUAUUUU